GGAGGAUAUCCAGGCCUGAGUGCCUUACUCCCCACUGGACACAGGCUGAGGCGGGCGAGGAGGCAGUGCUGAGCUCGAGUGUGGGCACACAGACCGUGCCUUCUGAGGACCAGCCUGCAGUUGAUGGAGAGAGCCCAGGCAGGCAGCUCUGAGUACUGCCGCUCCCAACACCCCCGGCACAGCUGCUGAGGAGGCCUGUGCUCCUCUGGCCUUCACCAUUGCCCUCACCUGCCCAUGGCCUCUGCUACCAGACCCACGGCCGGCACUGCUGCCUGAGCCCCCUGCCCAGCUCCAGGACUCGCUGUUCCCUGAUGGGGUUACGUGACAGAAGCCCCGCAUCAGAGGCUGCCUGCCUGCUACUGCCCUUGGCUGCCAGACUUGGUUGAGUUCAAGUUCAUUUUUCUUUUGAUCUUGGGCUCAGCUCUGAGCAAAGGACUGUCUUCCAUCCAUCAAUGCAAAGAGGGAGUCCCCAGUGACGGCCUUGCCCUGGACACUCUGGUGGCCAGAGUCACUUUGGAUUCUAGAAGUUUCUUUGCUGAGUGGUUUUUUUUUUUUUUUUGGUUGUUGUUAUUUUUAUUUUUACCCCCUUAUAACCAUUCAGCUGUAAGAGAUAGAACUUUGGAACUGCCUGGGGGGGGGGGGGCUCUGUUUUGAUCUUUCUUUUAUUUUGUUUUUUAGUUUUGGGUUUUCUUUUGGAAUUACUGAAUGCUAGGCAGCUUCCUCUCCCUCUCCCAAGUUAUUUGCACAAUAUUUGUGUGGGGUGUGGGGACGAGGCGUUAAGAAAUCUUUUCUUUUCUGACAAGCACGGGGAUUUCACUCAACUCUGUGUGGGGAGCCAGUGGGGGCCUUCUGCAGCCCUCACUGCCCCAUCCUCUGCCAGUCUCCAGAGCGGGCAUGGCUCGUAUGAACCGCCCCGCACCAGUGGAGGUGAGCUACAGGAACAUGCGCUUUCUCAUCACACACAACCCUACCAAUGCCACCCUCAGCAACUUUAUCGAGGACCUGAAGAAGUAUGGAGCCACCACGGUGGUGCGCGUGUGUGAGGUGACCUACGACAAAGCCCCGCUGGAGAAGGAUGGCAUCACUGUUGUGGACUGGCCCUUUGAUGAUGGGGCACCCCCUCCUGGCAAGGUGGUGGAGGACUGGCUGAGCCUGCUGAAGGCCAAGUUCUGUGAUGACCCAGGUAGCUGCGUGGCUGUUCACUGCGUGGCCGGCCUGGGACGGGCUCCAGUCCUUGUGGCGCUGGCCCUCAUUGAGAGUGGGAUGAAGUAUGAAGACGCCAUCCAGUUCAUUCGGCAGAAGCGUCGUGGGGCCAUCAACAGCAAGCAGCUCAUCUACCUGGAGAAGUACCGGCCCAAGCAGAGACUGCGGUUCAAAGACCCACAUACGCACAAGACCAAGUGCUGCAUCAUGUAGCUCAGGACCCGCCCCGCAGGCCCGGGCACCUGUCCCAGCUGCCCCGGGUCCCCUUUUCUCCUGUGCCUCAGCGCAUCUGUGUCCAAGGAGUCCUAUGGCCACGUGCGCCCUGUCUGUCUGUGUGUCUCUGACCCUGUGUGCCACAGCUGUCUCUCUGAAGCUGGCCCUGGACUUCCAUCAGCCCCCUCCAGCCCCUCUGCCCCCUGCCCAGGCCGCCUCCCCUGGCCUGUUUACUGUGGGCGGGUGUGUUUUUAACCACUGGGCCUAGCCCCUUGGCAGGGCCCCUCACCCUGACCUGUGCUCAGCACCUUACAUUACCGGAUCCCAGGCCUGCAGAUGCUGUGGACUCUGGAAGGCAAUAAAGCAGGAGUUACAGCUA